AUGAACCUGACGAUAGAGUCAAUCCCUCGCUCUCCCACUCUUCACAUCACCUCCCCAUCCACUUCACAACUAUCCGAUGAUUACACAAUUGAAACUCGCAUUCUGAUGACGAUGAUCUUCACAUCAUUGUCGAUUAUCGGAGUUGUCGGUAAUGCGAUGGUGGUGCUCGUUGUGACAACAGUGAAAGGAAUGGCAAGCACCACCAAUUGCUACCUCGUCUCACUGGCGAUAGCUGACUCCACAUUUUUCGUCGCCACUCUCCCAAGCGAGUUGAUGUUUUUGCAUGGCGAUGGCGGCUGGUACCUGUUCGGCUCAAUCGGUUGCUCAUUUUUCACCUCUUUACCGUAUUUCGCGUUGACUUCGUCCGUUCUUUCCAUCACUGCUUUCACCGUUGAGCGAUAUUUAGGCAUUUGCUAUCCAUACAAGCAAUUAACGUGGUGCUCAGUGGCCAGAGCAAAAACGAUAAUCAAAGGGAUUUGGCUAUUCUCAUUGCUUUACAACGCUCCAUGGAUUUACCUGGCAACAAUUAUGAAUGAGGAAGAUGGUUUGAAAAUUUGCACUUUCGCUCUCGACAGGGAUAAUUGGUCCUACAAAGCAAUCUACCUCUUCGACUUCUUCUCAUUCUACGCAAUUCCGAUGUUGCUGAAUAUCGUUAUUUACGUGAAAAUCGCUAUUCAAAUCUCGCGAUGUGGCACAAAAAUGAAACACACGAUGAAUAAGAGUUUAAACAACAACAGCAGUCCGACAAAAUCCGAGAGUAGUCAGGAUUUCCACGUUUCCGGCAGUGCUCGGCAGCAAAAAGGGAGAAAUUCGGUGGUGAAAAUGUUGGCGAUCGUCGUGUUAGUGUUCGCUGUUUGUUGGCUUCCUUAUAAAGCGAUGGUUAUGCACAACUCGUUCUCGCACGUCGGCAACAAAUGGGAUUCAGAAGCUUACAUCUUUAUCGCAAAGACGUUGGUUUUCAUCAAUUGUGCGAUAAAUCCAAUCCUUUACAAUGUGAUGUCAAAGAAAUUUCGUGGCGCAUUUGCUCAGCUGUUGAAAGGACGCCGACCGACACGUACAUACAAUUCACCGAAGACGGGCACGUCAUUCUUAGCUCCUCGGCCAGCCUCCUCGCAAGAUCGGCGCCCAAGUGGCGAUGAAGAGAGAUCAUUGAUGGGAUCAAGAGAAAGAUUUCUCGAUGAACAACCACCGAACAGUCCCUUAACACACUCAGCUACCAAUCCCGCAAGAAAACACUCUCAGAAUGGUCAUAAGAACUCUGUGCGCUUCUCGCCGCGUACACAACUCGGCUCACCGCUUGUCUCUGAUGGAAUCAUUGUUGAGUUG